AAACUGUCUUCGCCCCAUUUCCAGCUUCUUCUUCUUCUUCUUCUUCUUCUUCCUCUUCUUCCUCUUCUUCUUCUCAUCAAUUUUCCCUCUCUAAUUUCCCCUCUUCAUCCACCAUGGAUCCCGUCAAUGACUGGGGCAACACUCCUCUCAACACCGUCGACCCUGAGAUUUUCGAUCUCAUCGAGAAGGAGAAGCGUCGACAAUGCCGCGGAAUCGAGCUCAUUGCUUCCGAGAAUUUCACUUCCUUCGCCGUCAUCGAAGCCCUUGGCAGCGCCUUGACCAACAAGUACUCCGAAGGCAUGCCGGGAAAUCGAUACUAUGGUGGAAAUGAGUUCAUCGACGAGAUCGAGAAUCUCUGCCGCUCCAGAGCUCUCCAGGCCUUCCAUUGCGAUCCCGCCAAGUGGGGCGUUAAUGUCCAGCCUUACUCUGGUUCUCCCGCAAAUUUCGCCGCUUACACUGCCUUGCUUCAGCCACACGACCGGAUUAUGGGACUGGAUCUUCCAUCUGGUGGUCAUUUGACGCAUGGUUAUUACACCUCUGGUGGAAAGAAGAUCUCUGCUACCUCCAUUUACUUCGAAAGUUUGCCUUACAAGGUUGAUUCAGCUACUGGUUAUAUUGAUUACGAUAAGUUGGAGGAGAAGGCUUUGGAUUUCAGACCCAAGUUGAUUAUCUGUGGUGGCAGUGCGUACCCGAGGGACUGGGAUUAUGCCAGAUUCAGGGCAAUUGCUGAUAAAUGCGGCGCUCUUCUUCUAUGUGAUAUGGCUCACAUUAGUGGACUAGUUGCUGCUCAGGAAGCUGCAAACCCAUUCGAGUAUUGUGAUGUCGUGACAACCACAACUCACAAGAGUUUGAGGGGUCCGAGGGCUGGUAUGAUCUUCUAUAGGAAAGGUCCAAAGCCACCUAAGAAGGGUCAGCCUGAAGAUGCUGUUUAUGACUAUGAAGACAAGAUCAACUUCUCUGUCUUCCCAGCCCUUCAGGGCGGCCCUCACAAUCACCAAAUUGGUGCUUUAGCUGUUGCCUUGAAGCAGGCUAUGGCCCCUGGGUUCAAGGCCUAUGCUAAACAAGUUAAGGCUAAUGCCGUGGCCCUCGGAAACUACCUGAUGAACAAGGGUUACAAGCUUGUCACGGGAGGAACCGAGAACCACCUUGUUCUCUGGGAUCUUCGUCCUUUGGGAUUGACCGGCAACAAGGUUGAGAAGCUCUGCGACUUGUGCAACAUCACCGUAAACAAAAACGCAGUGUUCGGUGACAGCAGUGCAUUGGCACCCGGAGGUGUUCGAAUUGGUGCACCUGCCAUGACUUCAAGAGGUUUGGUAGAGAAAGACUUCGAACAGAUUGCAGAAUUCCUGCACCGUGCUGUAACCAUCACCUUGAAUGUCCAGAAGGAAUAUGGAAAGCUGUUGAAGGACUUCAACAAGGGUCUUGUAAACAACAAGGAAAUCGAAAAGCUCAAGGCCGAUGUUGAGAAGUUUUCUGGCUCUUUCGACAUGCCAGGCUUCCUCAUGUCUGAGAUGAAGUACAAGGACUAGAAAGAAGCUAAACAACAAAAGAUCUGAAAAACCAAUAAAGUUUUGGGUGUUUGUUGAAUCUCUUAUAAUCUUUCACUUUUAAAGUUCAGAGAAGUAAAAAGAAAAGAUUGUUUGUUUGCUUUCCCUUUCUUUUUUUUCCUUUUCCUAUCUGUAAGAUGUAGGCUAGAUUUUCAUUCUCGUAAUAUUCAUUCUAAAGUUUCGUGCUGCGAAUUUUCGCACUAUUAAUUACUCUCUUCCAUAAUUUUGUUUAGAUAUCGAAUUUGAUGAGCGUAUUUGAAAUUUUGGGCUUCAUUAUUCGAAAGCACAGCCCAAAUUGCAUUUAAGCUUUAAGGCCCAUUAUAUUAUAAAGCAAGGUUACGGGCCACCGUGGCCCAGCUUUUGCA